GCGCACAUGAAUGCAGCACCAAAGGCUACUCGCAACCGCACCAGUGUGGCACGGCGACGGCCAAGAUGGAGGAGUUUCCAACAAACACCAACACAAAACAAACCGAAAACCUCGACGAACCUCCCAACAGUCGGCUUUUCGUGGUCACAAGUCGGUCCAUAACCGAGGAUGAGCUUCGGGAAAGUUUUUCCGUGUACGGAGACAUCCACGGCGUUUGGGUCGUCAAAGACAAGCAGACAAAGGAGUCCAAAGGAAUCGCUUAUGUUAAAUUCGCCAAGUCAUCCCAGGCCUGCCUGGCCAUGGAGGAGAUGCACGGCAGAGUCCUGAUGGAAGGGACUAAACCCGUCAAGGUGUUCAUCGCCCAGUCCAGGUCCUCAACCAGACACCGAGACGUAGAGGACGAGGAGCUGACCAGGAUCUUCGUUAUGAUCCCAAAGUCCUUCUCGGAGGAGGACCUCAAGGACACGUUCAAAGAGUACGGGGAUAUUGAGUAUUGUGUGAUCAUCAAGAAUAAGUCCACUGGGGAAAGCAAAGGCCUGGGCUACGUGAGAUACUACAAACCCUCCCAAGCUGCCAUCGCCAUAGAGAACUGUGACAAAACUUACAGGGCCAUCCUCGCCGAACCUCGCACCAAGGCGCCAGUGACCGAGGACUACUCCGGGGGAAUGUCCAGAGGCGAUUACUCGGGCGGCGGCGGCGGCAGUGACUCCUCUAACCAGUAUGCCUUUCCUAUGGCUGACCCUGGUAACUACCCGGCCAUCGACUACCGCUCCAGCGUGGACUUCACACGCUGCCUCAUGAUGUCGACGCGGGCCGCGCUCAGCCAGGAGCAGGUUUUCGCUCUCUUCGACCUCAUCCCCGGCAUGGAGUACUGUGAGCUGCAGAGAGACGCUUAUGGAAUGAACAAAGGUCACGCUCUGAUUCGCUACGCCAAUCUGGGAUCAUCGUUUUACGCCAGGGAAAAGCUGAAUGGUUUUGAAUAUCCGCCCGGCAACAGGCUGUCGGUCAAUUUUGUUGAUGACGGCGAGGACCGCAACAGUCCCGUCGGUCGGAUGGCCGUGCAGUUUGUUACAACUCAGAUGAUGUCGCCACCGUGGAACGGACCCUCCUCCAGCCAAUCAAUGAAACCUAAUUUCCCCAUCUCCCCGAUGCUACGGAUCCAGACGGACGUCAGCCUGCCACCUCUGAAGAAGCUCGCGCCGCCCGACAGCAAGGCCAAGGAGCGCUUGUUUGUCGUGUUCAGUCCCUCCCCGCUGCCCCCCGAUGUGCUGGAGGACGUUUUCUGUCGCUACGGUUCCCUCAUCGAGGUCCAUUUGGUCCCCGGAAGGAAGGUUGGAUACAUGAAGUAUUCAGAGAAACAGUGUGCAGACGACGCCAUGGCGGCGCUCCACGGGCAGGUCGUCAACGGCGUGAAGAUGAAGGUGAUGCUGGCCGAUCCCCCCAGAGAGGAAUCCCAUAAACGGCCUCGGAACUUCUAGGAACACGUGACCGGCGACUGUUGUCACGACACAAUGACACCUGACCUGACCGACCGACCCAUAUCAGGACCUUCUCCCGACCACUGACCCGACCUUUGACACCUGUAUGACCAUACUUCUGUCCAGUGACUCACUGAUAGUAAAUAGCAAGCGGAAGCAGCAGCUGAAGUGGAGUCUUAAUCGUAUGUUUAGUUUGUGGUAAGCGCCAUGUUUUCAUCAUGUUCACUUCAGGUUUGAAGGCAGCAUUUUUUCUCCUGAUAGCAGGAAGAAAUGUUCCAAAUAUGAGCUUUUUCUUAAUGGUAUUCCCUGUUAUCUCCCCCCUCCCCGUGUAGAGCUUAAGUCAAAGGUGUUAAACAAAAGGAAUGUACAGUUAAUCUGAUUAAGUAAAAAUAAAUCAUUUAAACAUUG